UUUCGCCAUUUGCACAAUUCUCUCACUCCUCUUUCCCCCUCCCUUCUUCUUGCUUCUUAUCCCCCAAGCAAUAACGAGGCGUCAUCUCUCUCGUCAUCUUCUACUCUCCCUCCUCUAGUCCUCUUCUUCUUCUACUUUGUACGCGCCACUCACUCUCCGAGCUUGACGGCGGCGGCGGCGGCGGAGGUCGUCGAGUGGUGGUCGGGGAGAUGGGUCAAGAUGAGGUGGAGGUAGGUGCGGAGAAGAAGGAUCAAGAACUACCGGAGGUGGAGGUGGUCGAGGAGGAGGAGGAGGAGGGAUCCAAGAAGGCGGCGGCGGGCUGCGACUACUGCGGCGACGCGGCGGCGGUGGUGUAUUGCAGGGCCGACGCGGCGAGGCUCUGCCUGCCAUGCGACCGCCACGUGCACGGCGCCAACGGGGUGUGCUCCCGCCACGCGCGCGCGCCGCUCUGCGCCGCGUGCGCCGCCGCGGGGGCCGUCUUCCGCCGGGGCGCGGGCGGCUUCCUCUGCUCCAACUGCGACUUCUCCAGGCACCGCCACGGCGGGGAGCGCGACCCGGCGGCGCCGCUCCACGACCGCUCCACGGUGCACCCGUACACCGGGUGCCCCUCCGCGCUCGACCUCGCCGCGCUCCUCGGGAUCUCCUACUCCGACAAGGCGGCGGCGGCGACCGCGGCGGCGGGGGGCGACGACGGUGGGUGGUGGGCCAUCUGGGAGGAGCCCCAGGUGCUCAGCCUCGAGGAUCUCAUCGUCCCGACCACCUCCUGCCAUGGAUUCGAGCCUCUCCUCACGCCAUCUUCCCCCAAGAUUCAGAACUCGCCGGAUGGGAAGGUGAAUGAGGAGGUCAUACGACAGCUAACCGAGCUCGCCAAUUCAGACGGCGGCGGCGCGCAGAUUUGGGCUCAUCGCGAGGCGGCGCAGGCCGGCGAUCAUCAGUUACCUUCAUGGGGAACAACAACACAACACAACACUGGACAUGGCAAUUUCGGUACUGCAAACAGCAAUGAGGUUGCAACCAUGCCGACGCCUGGUUAUGAGAAUGGUGGAUGGGAUAACAGCGAUUACCCUGCGCUAAAUGAUCCGUGCAAGGUCGAGUUCACAUAUGAGCAACCUCCAGCCAGCUCAGCUGAAGCAUGUAUUUCAUCAUUUGUUCAGAUGUCUGAACUUUGCCCCAGCAUGAGCAAUGGUAGCAGCAUGGAGGAAACCCACCAGACAAACCCUGGAAAUGGCACGCCAAUGCAAGUUCUACCCAAAAUGCCAGAAUUUGUUCCUUGCCCCGACAGGAACUUGGUCAUUUCUCGCUAUAAAGAGAAGAGGAAGACAAGAAGAUUCGACAGGCAGGUCCGGUAUGAGUCCCGCAAAGCUCGUGCUGAUAGCAGGCUGAGGAUUAAGGGCCGUUUUGCUAAAGUCAAUCAGAUUUGAGCCUUCAUUUCUGUAAUAUAUUUUGCAUCUUGGACAUGAGUAAUACUAAUUAGGACCAAGCAGAUAUAGUACAAGAAAAAAUAUCAGCAUUUUGUAUGUAACUAUGUACCCACCCAGUGGCUACGCCACGCUGAGGAGAAUUUAGUUUCAUCGAAUCUCUGUAUAUAGUGUUGCAUCGAACUCAGUGAUACUAUUUACAUGCAAAGGAUAUUGUCAUUAUGGCUGUUUCCCCAUGGUUUUACUGCAAACUGUCUGCUGUGUUACUACUGCAAAAGCUCUCCUUUGAUGAGGAUCAGUAAAAUAGUGUCAAAUUCGGAUCGCA